GGGCAGCAGACUCGUGGGGGCGCCCCGGAAGCCUCAGCACCUUGGGAACCCUCUGCUGAAGUCUACGGGCACUAAACGCCCCCAGAAGCUGCUUGAGGAAGUCCUUCCAACAGAGUUCCCAGCUGCAGACCAAGGAUGAAGAGGUCCCGAGGUUCUUGUGGUCACCCCUAUCUGGCUGCGCUGCUCAUCCUCCCUUCCCUGAGCCUGGCUCAGUAUGAGAACUGGCCCUACUACCCCGAGUACUUUCAGCAGCCCCAGCCCGAGUACCAGCAGCCCGAGCGGCCGGCUGGCGUCCCCAAGAUCCAGCUGCGUCUGGCGGGACAGAAGAGGAAGCACAACGAGGGCCGGGUGGAGCUCUACUACGAGGGGGUGUGGGGCACCGUGUGCGAUGACGACUUCUCCCUCCACGCUGCCCAUGUGGUCUGUCGGGAGCUGGGGUACGUGGAAGCCAUCUCUUGGACAGCCAGCUCCUCCUACGGCAAGGGAGAAGGCCCCAUCUGGAUGGACAAUGUUCAUUGUACCGGCAGAGAGGCUACCCUGGCGGCCUGCUCCUCCAAUGGGUGGGGCGUCACCGACUGCAAACACACAGAAGAUGUGGGAGUGGUGUGCAGUGAUAAGAGGAUCCCUGGGUUCAAGUUUGAUAACUCACUCAUCAACCAGAUUGAUAACAUGAACAUCCAGGUGGACGACAUCCGCAUCCGCGCCGUCCUCUCCGCCUACCGCAAGCGCACGCCCGUGACCGAGGGCUACGUGGAGGUGAAGGAAGGCAACAGCUGGAAGCAGGUCUGCGACAAGCACUGGACCGCCAAGAACUCCCGGGUCAUCUGCGGCAUGUUCGGCUUCCCCGCGGAGAAGAAGUACAACAGCAAAGUGUACAAGAUCUAUGCCAGCCGGCGGAAACAGAGAUACUGGCCCUACUCCAUGGACUGUACGGGAAGCGAGGCCCACAUCUCUGGCUGCAAAUUGGGCAAUCAGGCUGCGCUGGAUCCCGUAAAGAAUUUCUCAUGUGAGAAUGGGAUGCCUGCUGUGGUGAGCUGCGUGCCUGGCCGGGACUUUGCCCCCGGUAGCCACACGGGCUUCGGGAAAGCCUUCAAGUCGGAGCAACCCCUGGUGCGGCUGAGAGGAGGUGCCAACACCGGAGAAGGGCGAGUGGAGGUGCUCAAGAACGGGGAAUGGGGAACCAUCUGCGAUGACCAGUGGAAUUUGGUGUCUGCCAGUGUGGUCUGCCGGGAGCUGGGCUUUGGAAGCGCCAAAGAGGCCAUCACAGGCGCCAGGCUUGGGCAAGGGAUUGGGUCCAUCCACCUCAAUGAAAUACAGUGCACCGGGUUCGAGAAAUCCAUCAUUGAUUGUAAGUUCAACGUUGAGAACCUGGGCUGCAGCCAUGAAGAAGAUGCUGGUGUGAGGUGCAACAUCCCAGCCAUGGGCUUCCAGAACCAGCUGCGCCUGAAUGGGGGCCGCAACCCCUACGAGGGCCGCUUGGAGGUGCUGGUGGAGCGAAACGGGACGUUGAAGUGGGGGACCGUGUGCGGGGAGAACUGGGGCAUCGUGGAAGCCAUGGUGGUCUGCCGCCAGCUGGGCCUCGGCUUUGCCAGUAACGCCUUCCAGGAGACCUGGUACUGGCAAGGAGACAUCAAUGCCAACACGGUGGUCAUGAGCGGGGUCAAGUGCUCCGGAACAGAGAUGGCGCUGUCCCACUGCCGCCACCACGGAGAGAACGUGGCCUGCCCGGCCGGAGCGCACCACACCGCCGGGGUCACCUGCUCAGAAACUGCCCCUGACCUGGUCCUCAAUGCUGAGAUCGUCCAACAGACAACGUACCUGGAAGACCGGCCCAUGUUUCUGUUGCAGUGCGCCAUGGAGGAGAACUGCCUGGCAUCUUCUGCUGCCCAGACAUCACCCACCACAGGCUACCGCCGGCUGCUGCGUUUCUCCUCCCAGAUCCACAACAAUGGCCAAUCGGACUUCCGUCCCAAAAAUGGCCGCCACGCGUGGGUCUGGCACGACUGCCACAGGCACUACCACAGCAUGGAAGUAUUUACCCACUAUGACUUGCUGAGCCUCAAUGGGACCAAGGUGGCUGAAGGCCACAAAGCCAGCUUCUGCCUGGAGGACACAGAGUGUGAUGGAGAAAUCCAGAAGAAUUAUGAGUGCGCCAACUUCGGCGAGCAGGGCAUCACUCUGGGCUGCUGGGACAUCUACCGUCACGACAUCGACUGCCAAUGGGUCGACAUUACUGACGUGCCCCCUGGGGACUAUCUGUUCCAGGUCAUCAUUAACCCCAACUACGAAGUGGCUGAGUCCGACUACAGCAACAAUGUGAUGAAGUGCCGCACGCGCUACGACGGGCACCGCAUCUGGAUGUACAGCUGCCACAUAGGUGGCUCCUACAGUGAAGAAACCGAGAAUAAGUUUAAUCACUUCCAAGGACUCUCAAACAACCUGCUCCCCACUCAGUGAAGAGUCAGCCCUGGACCCCCUGGACCCCCUGCCCUAGGGCCACACUGCACUGGUCUCCCUGGGACCUUCCCUAACCACUGCACAGCACAGCUCAGAUGGAUCCCUCCUUGCUCCCUUCCCCCCAACUCCUGCAGUGGGGUCCAGGACCUGUUUGGGCUCAAGACCUAGAAGGGACCUUAGAGGUCUAGCCCAGCCCCCUCAUUUUACAGGUGAGGCAACUAAGGCUCAAAGAGGGGAAGAGACUCACCCAAGGUCACAAAGCCUCUAAGUCAAGUUCUUUCCAUUUUGCCUUGUUUCUUCCUGCCCAAAACCUGCUUGCUAUUGGAACUUUCUUCUUCUUCCCCUCUGCCUCCCCUGGAGUUAGGGGGACACACAACAGGGCGACUGCCACAGAGACACAGCUUUUUGGGGGGUUGGGUAGGGCAAGGUGGGACCCUAACUUGAACCCUAGUGAACACUAGUCCAGUGCUAAAGCCACAGCUGUCCAGCCACCCACUCAGGAUAGAAACCUAGCUGGCGAAAGUGAGACCAGGGUGCUAUUUAAGGGAUCUGAGGUCUCAGUUUCCUUGAGACUCUGUGACUUCCCUGCCCCUCCCUUCAUAUCUCUUUGGCAGGGAAGUAGGAAGCCUUAAUCUCCAAUUCCUAUGAAUUUCCCAGAUGGAGAUUGGUGUAGGCCUCCAGCUCCCCAGGACCAUGGUUUGAAGCCCUAUUUCAAGACCAGGAUCGGUUCACACACUCUCCCUAGUAUCCUUCCCUUGCCCCUACAGGCCCUUCCCAGCCACUCUUUGGUGGAAAUCUAUCAAGAGCUUGGGCAGCCUGACCCUCAUUCGUCCUUUCCAAAGCAUUUUCUUAAAUCUCUAAAUCUCCACGCUGCUACGUCUAUACCCAGAUAUCCCAUGCUAGAGUUUUAGCCACAGCCACAAGUGCCUCUGUCUUCAGCUCCAAAAUCAAGUCUAUAUAGGCCUCCAUUUGCAAAUCACCAUACAGGACUGGGAAAUUCCUUCCUCAUUGCAAUCUGUGCAGCCCAGAGCUGUGCAAACAUUUCAGGAACUUCCUGGUGGGGCAGUCACUGAAAGAGCUUGUCCUUCUCUCCUUCAAGUCAGAGACAGCCCACAGGGACUAUGGCAGUGGUCAGGCUCCUCCCUAGUCUUCCAAAAUCAUCUGCUUAAUUCACCCAGGAUAGACCUCUGUCUAGUCAGUUUCACACAGUCUAGUCCUCAAGUCAUUUAGUUAAUUUCACCCAGUCUAGUCCUGAAAGUGAUGUAGUUAAUUUCGCCCAGCUUAGUGCUCAGUUAUUUUGUUGAUUUUAACCAGUCUACUCCUGUCAUUUAGUUAAUUUCAUCCAGUCUAGUCCUGAAAGUGAUAUAGUCGAUUUCACCCAGUUUAGUGCUCAAAGUUAUUUUGAUUUUAACCUGUCAACUUCUCAAGUCAUUUAGUUAAUUUCAUACAGUCUAGUCCUGAAAGUGAUGUAAUCAAUUUCACCCAGUUUAGUACUGCAAAGUCAUCUAGUUGAUUUCACCCAGGCUAGUUUUCCAGAGUAGUUGAUUUCACCAGAUUAGUCCUCCAAAGUCUAGUUAUUUCACUCAGUCUGGUUUUCCAGUCUAGUCAAUUUUACCCAGUCUAGUCCUCAAAGUUAUCAAAUUGAUUUUGCCCAACUUAGUUCUUCAAAAUCUAAUUAUUUCACCUGGCUAGUACUCCGAAUAUAUCUAAUUGAUUUCAUCCAGCAUGGACCCCAUGACCUCUCACUUCACUCAGUCUUUCAUCUUUCCUACCACUUGCCAGUGCCACCUGUAUGUUUCUGAUCAGGGGACUGGGAGAGCAUGUGCUUUUUUUUUUCUAUUUUAUUGUAAGGAUACCAGUUCUUCAUUGUAUUUGCAUGUUAUGUCCAGAACCAAAUGUAAUGAUAUUUAAUAUGGGCAUCUGGGCCCUUGGAAGCACAGCCAUACAGAAGAAACUGAAGCCAAACCCACCUGUGUAAGCGCCACUGUUGCUGCCACCAUCACUACCACCAUCGUCAUCUCGAUGGGCUGACCUGAAUGAUUGGUGCUAUAAACAAGUUCCUGGGUGGGAGGACAUUUACAGGGUGCUGCAGGUCAUCAUGGAUGUUUACAUAUACUUGAAUCACAGGUGUUUGUUCCCAGAAUAAAAGGUUACUAUUAUUA